UCCCACGAAGAAGAGGAUCGCAGGAGAGGAAUUAUUGGUAGAAGCAGCAGGAAAAGUAUCCGUUGUUCCAGUCAUGGAAGAACGUGAAGAUGAACUGAAUACUUGCAUAAAUAAUAUGAAAACACGAAAAACAGAAGCAAAUAUGACCGUUGGACCGUCGGACCGUCCGUGAGAUGAGAUGUAACCGUUAAGAUCUCGGGCGUUCCGCAACAAACUUCCAUUAUAUAUCUUCCUCAUCCUCUUCUCACUUUCCAUAUCCAAGCUAUCAUCUUAACCUCUUCUUCUCACUUGGCUCUCUGCAACUUCUAAUCAUCUGCUCUCAUUGUCCGCUGAAUUGACUUUGUUCGAUCACUCUCUGCUUGAUUCCAUUUUACAUUUUAUUCUGCUCUUUCUCUCUGCAACUUCUAAUUAAUUAAUUAUAUCUGUCUCACUUAUAUUUUGAUUAUUUUAGUUGUUAUACUCUUGUGAAUUUAUCUGCAUUUGAAUCAAGAAAGCAAUGGCGGAAUCAAAAGACUCACACAUAGUGGAAAUCCCAGUGGACUUGGAGCAUGAGCAGAAGAAGCUCCUCCCUGCGAUUUCCAAUAUUGCCGAAGCAAUUGAAGACCACCCACUCACUGAGAUCUCGGAAAGCCCAGGCCACCUCUUGCUCCUGAAACUGUGGCAGAGAGAGGAGGAAAUCUUCGGGAGCAGAAUUGCUCACAAAGAACUCCGAAUGGACUCCAUCAAGCGCGAUCUCUUCCAACUCUCUUCCUUCUUCUUCAUCUUCCAUUUCCUCUUCUUCACACUCCUAUUUACAUCCUCCGUCAACGAGGACGGCGGAUCUUGCGGGAAAUGGUGGAUACCGUCGGUGAUAUCCGCGGCGACGUCGGCGGUGUUUAUAAUUUUGGUUCAGGUGAAGGUGAACGCGUACUGGAGAAAGUGGAGGGAGGUGAAGAAAGAGAGGGAGGCGAGUCGAGGCGUGACGAGAUGCGUUCAGGAGCUUAGGAUGAAGGGGGCGAGCUUCGAUCUGUCGAAAGAGCCGAAUCAAAAUGGCGGAAAGAAGAUGAAGAGCUCGAGCGUGGAGAUCAAGUGGAAGCCAUGGAGUUGGUGUUGUAAGAAUUCACUAACCAUUUGUCUUGUUUGCUUUUCAGGGCUCGCCGCCCCUGCUUCCAAGUUUGUUCUCUGUGGCUUCUGAUUCUGCUCCUGAAACUUUUCCAUGCCGAUCAACACUGAACAAUGGGAUGAAGCAAUUUGGGUCCGAUUAACCAAUUCUUACCCUUUUGGAGUCGCUGCAACGAGCGAAACACUGACGAACAAGAUGAUGGAAGGCAUCAAAUUUCAGUGCAUUAAUGCACGGAUCAAAUGUUGAAGGGAUGCGGCGGAGCCAUAUGAUUCUGAGCAGCAACCAUCAAGCAUUAAAGGACAUGGCUGAAUCAUGCGAAUGCUACGCAAGAAGAGUGACAAGACAGAGAUUACUUUUUUGGCCUGAAUGAGAAAACAGAUAAAGAGAUCACUUUCAGUAUUUUCAAAAAUACUAUAAUCCAAAUCCGUGGCUGAAUCUAAGUUCGGAUUGCCAAUAUGAUGAAAAGCAUAUCACACUUCUUGUGUGUGUGGAGUUUUUGAAGGCGCCAUUGUAGCUCACCAUGGAAAUAUUAUGAAAAAAGAAGCUAAGGACUCCUUUCUCGUGUACCCAAUUUCAGCAAAUAAUAAGAUAAAGAUGUCAAGUUGAAGCA